CCGAAAAAAAAAAAAAAUCCUCUUAACGGUGUUUAGGGUUUUGCUCCUGCAGCAGUUGUUAUUGUUGAAAUCUUGAAGCUGAAAUUAUCAAAAUUAGCGUGCGAUGGCGUCUCGACCGGAGCUGGUGGCGCCACCUGAGAUAUUCUAUGAUGACGCCGAAGCUCGCAAGUACACUUCUUCUUCCCGUAUCGUUGAAAUUCAGGCAUCACUGUCGGAGAGAGCCCUCGAGCUUCUUGCUUUGCCCGAUGAUGGCAUUCCCAAAUUACUCCUCGACAUAGGUUGUGGAUCAGGACUUAGUGGUGAGACACUUUCAGAGAAUGGACAUCACUGGAUUGGUCUUGACAUUUCCCCAUCAAUGCUCAAUGUUGCUGUUGAACGAGAGGUUGAGGGUGACCUUCUACUUGGUGACAUGGGCCAGGGUUUAGGGCUUCGUCCUGGAGUAAUUGAUGGGGUCAUUAGUAUAUCUGCUGUUCAGUGGUUAUGCAAUGCUGAUAAAUCGUCUCACAAUCCAAUACUAAGAUUGAAGGCUUUUUUCACUUCUUUGUACAGAUGCUUAGCAAAUGGAGCUAGAGCAGUAUUUCAAAUUUAUCCUGAAAAUAUAAACCAGCGUGAAUUGAUUUUGAAGGCUGCUAUGCGCGCUGGAUUUGCUGGUGGUAUAGUUGUUGAUUUCCCACACAGUACUAAGAAGAGAAAAGAAUUUCUUGUUCUCACAUGUGGUCAAAGAGCGGUAAAUUCAAUGCCGGAGGGUAAAGAUGACGAUGGGGAGAGUUGCUCUGAUGAUGACAGUGAAGAUGAAGAAAAUCAGACUGUACGAGUUUCAGACAGGCAUAGACCCCAGAAGAAACAGAAAUGGAAUAAGAGUGGCAAGGGAAAAGAAUGGAUAAAGAGGAAGAAGGAGCAGAUGAGAAGGAGAGGAAAUGCUGUACCUCCGGAUACCAAGUACACAGGUCGGAAACGGAAGGAUCGCUUUUAAUCUAUUUGACACUUUCCUCUCUGCCGUGCAUACCAUACCAACCCAUAUGCUAUUUAUAGACGGGCACAAACUGCAUCUGUCCUGAAGGAUAGUGUUGCGUGCUCAAUGGAAGCUCCUCAAUCAAAUGGAGUAGAGGACAAUGAACAAAUUACACUGUGAUGUGAUAACACUUAUUUUGGGAUCCUUAGUCAUAAGGCUGUUCUUUAAAUUAUAGGCAAUCUUUAAAUUUUGGAUCCAUUGGUGUAAGGAGAGUCAAAUCUACAUUUGCUUUUCUGUUUUUUAUUAUUUGUUGACGAGCUACAUUUUACUACCGUGAUGCAUUCACGAGUUUUGUUUGCUUUCUGUGUAUCAUUUUUUAAAUUAUUAUUAUUACUAUUAUUAAUUAUUUAAGAGAACCCAAAAAUCUC